AGUUUUUAUGGAUCUUUUCUUCUCAGUACUCUGCUGUGGUCAUGUGUUGUUUUAGGGCAGUUAUAGAGGGACUUUGGCUGCGUUUCCAAGGUGAACAGGUAGAGGUGUGUGUACGUCGUGAGAGGAGGAGGAGGAUCCUGCAGACGCUGGUGUGGUUUAUCAUCACCCUCGUCCUCGCCCUCUUCAUCCCAGACAUUGGUCGAGUGAUCUCUCUGAUCGGAGGACUGGCAGCCUGCUUCAUCUUUGUCUUCCCAGGUUUGUGUUUGAUGCAAGCCAAACUCUCAGAGACUGACGUCCGAUCUGCAAGCUGGCGCGGGCUGGUGAUCUUCAGUGUCGCCAUGGUUACACUUGGAGCGUUCAUAUUCGGCCUCACCACGACAAACUCCAUCUACCAGGACGUCGUCAACUGAAGGGAAUAAUUUUCACGAGCCGGUGCUGCUCUCAGGCCUCUGGAUGAUACAAAGCGUCUCAUGACCAAAGAAAAAAAACAACAACAACAACAAAGACAAACAUCACCUGCUCCGUACUGACAUGAAGGUCUUGAGAGUUUUGUUCAAUCGGGGAGUCACCCCGUCAUGCCGAGGGAAUUCAGACGCUUCUAACAGCAUGUUUCAUAUGUUUUACUGUGUCAUUAUUUCCAGAGGGGACACGCACUCCUUACGCCCCUCUGUGGAUGUAACAAUGACACGUUCCUGUUUACAAGAGCCGAAGGACUUAAUCAGAUUGAUUUUAACAGAAGAAUUGUACCACUUUGUGUAAUUUAAUUAGCAUGUCAUAAUGUAAUUCAUGUUCAGUACUAAUUAUGUCGCUGCUAAUAGUUUGUCUACUCAUCAGUGUAAAAAAACAAACUGGAUUAAGUGAUACGUUACCACAGUAGGACAAAACAUAUUAAAUGUAUGUAAAGGCGUAGACUGGCAUUAAUGCAGAGCCAGGGCAGUUUGAUUAUGAGGUUUUCAAUUAUAGGGACAAAACAACCAAACAUACUACACUUUAAAACUGAUUUAAAAAUGAGUUACUUUUUUUUUGUUUAUUGGUUUGUGUAAUUUAUUGUGCUACAGUACAAGGUAGUUUGACAAGUGAAUUUUAGAUUAGAUUGGACUAGAUUAGAUUAUUUGUACAAAUGAGCAAAAGCCUACAACGAUAUGCUCAUUGAAGCCAGUGUGUAAAACAGGGUGAAAAGGGCAGCUCGGUAUCUGCACAAAUGAGCACCACCUCCACAGGUUUGUAAAGAGAGGGAAGGAUGUAACCUACAAAGCAUUCACUUU